CCGUGCUGGGUUCUCAUCGCACGACAGCAAAACCCAACACCACAACAUCAGCAGCACACCUCCUCCACCGCCCCCAUCCACGCACACAUCCAUCCAGCCAGUCAGCCAUGAGUGCCAAACCUGUGCACGUGUCGCUUGCGGCGUAUGUGGCACAGGAUGACGACGAGCUGACGUGCAAGGCAGACGCCAAGCUCAUGGUCUUGGAGACGUUCAACGACGGCUGGUGGAUGGUGUGUACCGGUCGCGGCCGCACGGGGCUCGUGCCCUCCAACUUCCUCACCCCAAACCCGGUCUCCUUUGCCAAAAUGCCCUCCUCCGCCAAGCCAUUCAAGUAUCGAGGCGGAAAGGGUCCGCUGCCGCCUCUCCCAAGCACCAAGUACGAGGGUCGCUUGCCAGCGGAUGCAGACGCUGUCGCUGCGUCCUGGUACAUGGGCGACGCGCAAAAGGACGAGAUCCGGGUGGUGGCAAAAGUGCUGACUCAGCGCGGCCCUGUCGGCGGCUUCCUCGUGCGCAUCCCCGACAGUGACCCUUCAGCAUAUGCCCUCGCCGUCAAGACAAAGGCGAGCGGGAAGCUGCAGAAUUUCCUGAUCAAGUGCGGUGAUGGGCAGUUCCAUCUCGCCUCCACCUCCAGCCCAACGCUCUCCGGCCUCAUCCACGCCCUUGCAACACGCGACAGCAAGCUCCCUGUCAGGUUGGUUGAAGGGUUUGAGCUUCAGCGGCCCGGACGUGUGCGCACACCAUCACCGCGCCGACACGACAACAUCGAUGACAGCACCAGCGCCCGGCAUGGCAGGACCAAGCACGCUCCUUCAGCUGCUGCCGCCGCUGCUUCGUCAAAAUCGCGCUCAAAGAAGACCAAAGGAGCAGCAGUGGACACAAAGUUGUCAGCAGCCGUUGCAAAAGCCGCCCAGCAGUCAUCUGAAUCAGCAGCCACGCUGGCCGCCCAACACCACGCACAACAGAUGGAAAAUGCAAAGAUGCGGGACGGGUACAUGUCGCUGGAAGUGAUGCGCGCGCUGGUGGCUGAGGGCGGCCACCUCACCGUCCCCGCGAUGCAGACUUUGGCCCGGGACGCGCGACUGGCAGUGCCGGAGACGCUGACACACGUACAGCAGUCGGACAACGGGCGCUACCAGCUCAACCCGGCUCUCAAGCGCCUGGCUGAGCGUGUGCGCUUCCCUGCGGAUGUGGACGCGACGGAGGGUGCUGCAUACGUGCACCUCAAGCACCUGCAGGCAUUGACAGUCGCGCACGUUGGCAUUGAUGAAGGAUUUCUGUCCAUGGAAGAGGUGCAAACCAUCGUGUCGGGCACUGCUGUUCGCAUCGAAAAGACGCGCAUGCGGCGCCUGGCAAAAGCAGUCCGCAAGGCCGGCAAAGACCAUCACCACCAUCAUCAUCGCCACCAUCAUCAUCGUGGUGAUGACACGGCUGCACCGCCGCAGUCGUCGGAAGACCGGCUGGCGUUGGCGGAAGCACGCCUCGCAGCCCACGGGGAAACACACACGGAAGAGGAGCAGACAGAGGACCGGUUGAGAAUGUCAGCGUUUGCUGCGCCCGUGGUUGAACACGAGCCGCUCGCUGCUGCGGUCGCACGCCACGCGGCACAACAACAACAACAACAACAACAACAACAACAACAACAACAACAACAACAACAACAACAACAACAACAACAACAACAAGAUGUGACCUCUGCGUCACCUGCCGUGAACCGCCGCGAAUUUCAAAUGGAUCUCGAGGCGAAACUCAAACAGCAGCGGCACCAAGCAGAAGCGGAGGAGGAAGAUGACGCUGAGAUGGAACACCACCACCACCACCACCACCACCACCACUCAGGCGGCGCUUCACCAAAGGUGCGGUCGCGAUCAACCUCCCCAACAGCAGCCGUCCACCCACCGCCGCCACACACGCACCAUCACCAGCAGCAACAGCAGCAGCAGCACACGCCAACACGCGUCCCGCCACCACCUGUGCGAUCAGCAGGGGCCCUGACGCUCGCGGGCGACAACGGCAGCAGCACCGUGGACACGUCCAUCCGGCCAACAGACCUCAACCAGCUCACGGGCGCAGCAGCGGGCACAGACACAGACGUGGUUGCGCUUGGGAACGAGCACACGCGCGAGACGUCGGACGCGCCCAAGAUGCGGCUGGACACGUCGGCCUUUGACGUACGGGUGAACGAGCGUGACACCAGCGAUCUCACCAUCACCGUCGGUGGCGACGCGGCGCCCGUGUAUGUGCACACGGCCGUGCUCGCCAUGUGCGACAGCCCGCUGUUGAAGGCGCUGGCGGAGACAGCGGCAGUUGGCGGUGAUGUUGACGAGGAAGAGGCGCACUUUGAGACGCUCACGGUGGACGGCGCUGUUGCUGCGCUGGACCUGUGCUACCAGCAGUGCCGCCAACACGAUGUCGACCUCACACCUGUGCCCAGCGCCGAGCUGCUCCUGCAGGCAUGGCACGCCGCGCAAACGUUUGAGCUUGCACGCGUCACAGCGUUUGUGCAGUCGCAACUGCUUGCAAGCAUCUCCGUCGAAAACUGUGCGUACUUCCUCGAGGUUUCCACCCAACUUGCACAGGAGGAGGACGACGACGAAGAAGCAGAUGAAGGUGGCAGUGGCGGCAGCUUGCAAGCCCUUCGGCGGGCGUGCGAGCGCGUGUUCCUGCAGCGCCCGGGACUCGUGUUGUGCAAGCCGGGGGCACUUCAUCUUGGGGAGGCGGCGAUGCUGCGGCUGCUGUCGAGCGAUGAGCUGUGCAUGGAGGAGGACAUGGUGUUCCGGUGGAUGGUAAUGUGGGGCCGCUUCAACGCGGGCUUUAUCGCCAACAGCGCCUUUGACCCGCUCACCUUUGACGCGGCGGAGACGGGCUUGGACGACGACGACGACGACAACUUUGGGUUUGGCGCGACCAUGGGCGAGAGCAGCACGGACGACCCCGCCGAGGCGCUGCUGCCGAUGAAGGAGCGCGAUGCUGUUCGUGAUGCACUCGCGGGGCUCAUGCCGGCCCUGCGCCCGCUCUUGCUCACCGAAACGUUUUACGACUCCACCGUCGAGCCGCUCUGCAUCCUGCCGGGGAUGAUGGCCCGAACGCGCGCGCGUCACAUGAGUGGCGAGGCAGUCCUCCCGCCCGAUGACGUCAGACUCCGCCCACGGGCUGGCUCGCGCAUGUUCGCGGGAUCCGAGGUCGUGAGCGCGGCGCAGCAGCAUCUGCUCAACAGCUGGUUUGGUGACGUUGGUGCGCGGUGGGAGUGCAUCUUCAGCACGAGCGAGCACGGGGACGACUGUGGGGAUGUGUUGCGAGCGUGCCGUGGGCGCCGCCCGACGUUUGUGGUCGCGCAGACAACGACCGGGUACACCAUUGGCGGCUUCACGUGGGACGCAUGGGGUGAGCAGCCAGAGCACCACCGCCACCCGCGCCAGCCAAACAGCAGCCUGCGACCCUCGUUCCUGUUCAGUCUGGACAAUCCACAAGGGUAUCCGCCGACCAAAUACGAGGCACAGGGCAACGCAGGCCUGCGUUUCGAUGAGAGCGCGUGUGUCGCGUACGGCUCGUAUGACUUGACGCGCCAGCCAGAUCUCGUUAUCACCAGCUCAUGCAGCGGAAACGAGCAGUCACACAGCUUCCUGCAGGCGUUUGGAACACGCUCAGACGUCCCCACCGCGCUCGCAGGCUCCAAGUUCUUUGGUGUCGUGCGCAUGGAAGUGUUUGCGUUGGCACCAUCACUCCGCGGCGUGACGGAGAUUUAGAGCUGUGGGGAAAGCCUUCCUCGUGCUGCUGCUUUGUGUUUUGUGGCUUUUGUUGAUGGUGGAAUUGGGGAGGUCACAUCACUGUUGUUCCUUCCAUUUCUUUGCGAUGUCGUCGGUGUUCCUUCCUCGUUGCCGUGCUGUUGGUGUUACAGCGGAUUCUAGACUUGCGCGCUUGUGUGUCACCCAAUUGCUUUGCUGUGCGUUCUGUGUUGUUUAUUUUCUUCUUCUGAUAGCGGGCGCUUGAGUGCGCUUAUUCACCACCAUUGCUGCUGUACAUAACUGCACGUCACCACCACCACCACGCCUUUAGUUAACCCGGUAUGGUCGUGGGAGGGCGAUGAACAUGAACAUGAAAUAUGAACGUGAAACAUGAAACGAUGCACCCUGCAACUUGCUCAAAAGUCGAUGCUGUUGCACAGGC